CACGUGACCAUUCAAAUCAGGUAAAUCCAAAAUGGCCUUCUAGUGCUUUUAGCGAUGUGAAAUUUUUCUGCACGAAAAUGGAAAAAACAGUAUGCCAACAACAAAAUGCCAGCUCCUCGGUGAAAGGUGACAGUACCUCUUGUGUGUUCUGUUUGUCAUCGGCUGAUGAUGAGGAUAAAUACGGCAAGUUUUUAUCCAAAGAAGGUGAAAACAUUACCGUUCAUCAGUACUGUUUGUUGUUUGCCUCUGGCCUGGCCCAAAAUGGCGGAGAUGAUGAGGGUUUUGAUGGCUUCUUGUGCAAGGAUAUUGACACUGAACUGAGAAGGGCAAAGAGACUGAAAUGCUCCUAUUGUCAUGUGUCUGGGGCAUCCAUCGGGUGUGUUGCAGUCAAAUGUUCUAAGAAGUUCCAUUUUGGUUGUGGCAGGGACAAACAGGCACUCUUCCAGUUCUUCGGCAGCUUUAACUCCUUCUGUCGCAGUCACCGCCCCACCCAGAAAGAUCUUCAGUGCAAUCACAGUGCUGGGGCAGAGACAUGCCCUAUCUGCUUGAUGUCUGUUGAUGCACAUGAUCUCUAUGAAACACUAAAAUCCCCAUGCUGCAAGAGGUCCUGGUUUCACCGCGAGUGUGUUCAGAGACAAGCCACAGCCUCGGGCAUCCACUUCUUCCGCUGUGCUGUGUGCAAUAACAUCCAAGACUUUCAAGAUGAGAUGCUGCGUAUGGGAAUACAUAUACCUGAUAGAGAUGCUGUUUGGGAGAGUGGAGAUGCAUUUGCAGAUUUGCUGGAGACGUACAAUAGGUGUGACGCUGAUGUGUGUCUUUGUAAGAAAGGGAGAGAGCAUGGCGGGAGGCAUGGCAAGUGGAAGAUACGACUUUGUGAUGUCUGUGGGCAGUGUGGCACUCACAAGAUCUGUCAAGGCUGGGUCGCAAUGCCGGACAUAUGGGAGUGCCCCACCUGUGCCGCCGUGAAGAAAAGGUGCGAGCGACAAGCUGCUGCACUGCAAUACCUGAAGGGGCGGCGCUCCCCUAUCUCACAGAACAACUUCUUCAGGCGUACAAGCAAUGGGGAAAGUACACCUUCAUCGAAAACUAGCUCUCCUAGGAUUGUAAGCGAUGCGGGACAUACCGGUGCUUCACAAACCAACAUUGGUAGAAGCAUAUACAAAACGGAACUUACUCCAGGGGACCCAGAUGACAACAUUCCUUUAGAGCAACUGCUAAAGAUAAAGAAGAUUCAAUGUGGCAAACUCUACUCUGGGGAUAGUGACGAUGAUGUCCCUUUGGACAUCAAGAAGAAGAGGAAGAAACGACAAAAGGUUGCUGCGGCCACCGAUUCCUCAGGAUCAUCUUCUAGAGGAAAUAGCUCCGGCUCUUUGCUACGCUCCUCGCCAGUUUCCACAAGUCACAUGUUAUCGGAGAAAGGAGGAGGAACAGUGCACAAGAGGAAACGUCCAGACAGUGAACUGUCGUUGUAUUUAGAUUCUGAUAGUGAUCAAAGUGAGAAUGAAUCCAUGUCUGCAACAGACUCAGUAAAACGGGUCCUUGGACACUGCCAUGAGUUCUCGAACAAGUCAUCAUCUGUGGAGAAGAUAGCCAGUCCAGAUGGAACUGAUGAUGAAGUCCUUUUCCUUGAUAUACACCCAAGCUCUGGUCCGUAUGCGAAGAAAGCCAGGCACGCAAGUCCCAUACAAGGUAAAUCUAAGGCAGCAUCGCUCGGCGAAGAAAAGGCAAAAGCUAUGCUUUCUCUUGCUUACCGACGCCUGAGUUCACCCCGUAUCUUUUCCUCUGCAGCGGACGAGCCUCACGAAUCCAGAAAAGUCACCUUGAAACCUGGCCUUGACAGUGAUGAUAUUGCGGUGACCAAGGUAAAAGUUGGUAAUGGUUCCUUCAAGACUCUUUACAAGAUGAAGGCAAAGAGCGCACCGCAUGCUAAAUGGUGCAAAUGCUACAAAGGAAUACCCCGCAGUGAUGCAAGACCAACACCUGAAACGUCUACAUCAACAGUCGUCGUUGUUGACGAUGAGAGCAGCGAAGAUUCAAGUGACAAGGGAGAUGAAAGAAACGUAACGCCCAGGCGUGACAAAAGAAGUGACAGUAAUGCAACACCUAGGCGUGACGAAAGAAGUGACAGUAACGCAACACUCAGGCGUGACAAGAAAAGUGACAGUAAUGCAACACCCAGGCGUGACGAAAAACGUGACAGUAUCACAACGUCUAGUCAUGAAACGAGAAGUGAUAUUAAUGCAACACCCUUAGCUGCUAAGAGUAACGACUUGUGCGAGGAGUAUCCGGAUGAGAUGGAAAGCGUUGGUCACGCCAGCAACAGUAGUGUUGAUAGCGGUGUUGGUGAAGAAAGCAGUGAUUACAAAAGUGAACAAUCUUCAGAAAAUUGUGCAUCAAAGCGUGAGGCUGCUAGCUCAUCGUUAGAGUCUUCUAGUUUGGGACUAAGUUGCGAGAAAGGAAGUGAGCUUACUAAUAGUGAGUAUCUGAAGAGGUUUCUGCGCACAAACAAGGUCGCUCUGAAUAGGUCGGGAUCUCCCAUAGAGGAAAACGUGAAGCGUUCAAGUGACCCAGGUGCAAGUGGAAAACUCUACAAAGCCUCCCAACGCUCAACUAACAGGACAGAAAAGAUUAGAAGUAAGGGGAUACUGUUUGCUGAAGAGCUUCCAGACAGCGAGGAAGACUUUCAACCAGCUAAAGCGCACCAUCAUAAGAUUACCAAGCUGAAACAGCCAGACACUCAGGCACCAAGCCUGAAACAGAGCACAAAACGUGGAAGUCUUUUGGAGAAUUUCUGUGGGAGCUUUUUGGCAAACUCGUUGGAAAGGUUUUAUUCUCUGCGGGGCAAAGGUGCUGAAAUAAAGCACAAAUGCGUGUGCUGACAUAAUUUGUACGUCUGAGAAAUCUAUUCAAAAUAUUUAUAAUCCAGCAUUCAAUGCAACUGUAUUUUAACCAGGCCAUCCCUCUAGAUAAUGCUUGUAAUUCUAGUAGUAUAUUAGUGAUGACGUAUUGGGCUAUAGGAUUUUAUUGUACAUUUUUUAUUGUUGAUAUAAAGUAGAUUAUAUUUUA